GUUGAAUAUAUGCCAGAAAAAAAUCAAAACACGUUGAAUAGCUUUUCAAACAAACUUAAUUUUGAAUUUUGCUAAGUCUGUUAAAUGACGUCAUUCGAAAGCUUUCGUAUAAAGCAAUUAAAUGAAGUAACUCAUAAAACAGCAAGAAGGAUGAAAAAGAAUGGUGGAUAGAAGAAAAGUAGACUUGUCAAUGUGACGAAAGAACUGACAUUUCUUCCAUGCCAAACUCUUUCAAUCGUUUUCAAAGUUUUGUUGAUCAAAACAUCAAAAUCAUCAGAAAUGCAAGUUGGAUACUUGGUGGUGUAGCCAUUGUGAUCAUUAUAAGAAGAACAUAUGCAAUUCAUCAUUUCACAGAAAUACAGUUCAUCCCAAAGAGCUACUUUAGAAAUCAUGCAAUCUUGACAGGAAAAGUGACUAGAAUAGACAACGAUGGCUGUCUUCAUGUUAUGCAUUUACCACUUCUUUGGAGGUCACGUAUAAAACAUCUCACAACUCCAGAAGCACAUUGCUUGAAAGUUAAUUUGACUGGAGUGGAACUGCUGACAGCUGGUAAUGAUUAUAUCAAAUCUCAGCUCAACAACUCAAAGAUCAAGUUUCAGUUACUUGGAACAAAAGCCAGUGAUCAUAUAGAAGCUAUUGUUUAUGAAGAUAAGGCAUGGUUUCGACGAACAAAGUCUGUGAAUGAGGAAGUUAUUUCCAUGGGUUUAGCAAAAGUCAUGCAUGUUCCUGCCUUAUCCCACACGAAAAUCUACAACCGGUUUAUUGAAAGACUUGUCGCGGCAGAAGUCUUUGCUUCUAAAAGGAAGCGAGGCAUUUGGAAAGAAGACAUUGACGACGGAGUACUUAAAAAAUUUUGGUCCAAGAUAAAAUGUGUUUCAAGACACGCGAAAAGAUGAAUGCAAAGUGGCUUUAAUAUAAUGAACCUUUAGGCAAAUGAGCAUUGAAUUUUUUUUAACAAAAAAUGCCUUACAUAUUCUUCGACGUAUUUUAAAACAAAGGGAAUGUCUUGCAUAAUGUCGUGUAAUCAAAUUUUUGACAUUUUUCAAUUGGGUAAUUUCAAUAAUUUACGUUCCAUGUCAAUGAAGACAUUUCAAGAGAAAGUUGUUGCAAAAAAGCAAUCACUUGAUAUUUUGCUCUACGAAAGAAUCAAAUAAAUAUAUCUAAAAGUCUUUGAUGUUCAUGUUCAAUUUUUAAAAACCGUUCUCAAACUUUUCAUAGAACAAAGGACAGCAAUGCAAAACAUUCCUCGUUAUCCAACGCUAUCUAUUAUUUAUUUACAAACAAGCAUGGAGUCUGCGUUACGAACUUAACAAAAAUGGAAGUAUGCAUUAUUUUCUCAUCAAUAUUUCAUUAAUCUUUAUUUUACUUUUUACUUUUAAAUUUUGCUGUAUUUGUAUUUCUACUGUUCAUCACGAAGUAUUCUAAGAAAAUAGAAGUGAAAAAAACAACUUAA